AUGUCUCUAUCCCUCGCGUCCUGGAGUCAGAGCGCUGCCUCGUCGCUUCAAAACAAGAAGAGGGCGACUGCCACGCUUCGUCGUAAUGCCGUGACAACGUACGCGACUGCUUUCAAGGAGAGAAAAGAAAGCGCUGCUGUCGUGGAGACGGCAAAAACAGCAAAAAAGACGACAAAGACUUCGUUUAAAGAGAGAAAAGAAAGCGCUGCUACUGCGACUUCGAAGACUUCUACUCAAUCUGCGAAGAAAAAAACGUCCGCGACAAAGACGACGACGACGACAAACGCGAAGAAGAAAGCAACCGCAGCAACUUCUUCAAAAACUGCCACCACCAGCGCAAACAUCGAGUUUGAAGUUCCGAACCAGUAUGGAUACUUUCCAUCUGUAAUCGAAAAAGCAAAAGUGAAGAGAGAGCAAAAUGCAUCUGGUUUCGACAAGGACGUGUACAUGUCCAAAGCGGAACAAACAGAACGGUUUUCGAAGCUGUGUGCGGCUCAUCCGGAAUUGAAAAAGUGUCAAGAUGAUUAUCAAUCACCGUUACGAAUGAAACCGAGCACGACGUCCACUAUCAACGGUUCCGUCAUUCGAUCCGAUGGGAUCAUUUUAAUCCCGGGUAAUAAGGAAGAUCUCAUCACGUGGGUGUUAGAUCCGGCCAUGUCGGCGGAUACGAUUGGUAUCUUGUUGCCGACGCUGUUUGUGAUUCUUGGCGCGCAACUCAAGAAAGCAGCAAACGUGCCGGAAUGGGUUUCAGGGGGUGUAGGGAUAACGACGAAGAUCAUUGCGACGUGCUUGAUUGCGUUGUAUUGGAUUCCAAGCUUUAUGAAUGAAUAA